AUGAAAAUCACAAGCAGUGAGACUGAUUCAUUCAUUGAAGAGAAUUUGUUAAAUGAUAAUGAUGAGCGUGCGAUAAAUGAUGUCAUGUUCAAAAUAAAAAUUAGGGAAGAUAAAGAUAACGGAUUCUCGAGUGACGUUGAUUCUUCUCUCGACAAUUCUGACGAAUGGAAUAAUUUAUUGGAUAGUCUCAUCAACGAGCGCAAAGCAUUCGUAACAAAAUGUAGACAAGAAUUCAACAACAACAAAUUACCAGAAUACUUCGAUCGAUGGACAAUUAAACAGCAGUACGAUCACCUAAUAAGUAAUAUCAGCAAAUACUUCCCAAAUAUACCCGAAUCUUUGAGGUCCAUAUUGCCGGCAAUCUUCGAAAAUGGAGAUUUCAGUGAACAAAGAGGAAAUACGAAACCAGAUUGGUUAAUAAUGGAUAAAUUUUAUCGUGGACAGCACUUUGCUGAACGUCAUUUCAGCGCGAUUUUUAUGAGUCAAGUUAUGGGUCUAAUUCAGAUAUUUAGUUUCACUGACGGAAUGAGAACGCUGAUCUUCAGUCAAGAGUCAAACACUCCAUACAACGCUUUUGUGCGAUACCUCAGGACGGCCAACAGCUUCAGAAACUGGUACACGAGUGAUCCUUGGUGCCAAGGUACGCCAGCUUAUCGCGAUAUCCAGAGAGUGCGAAGAUUACACAGUGCCAUGAGAUCGAAAUUGUGCAAGAAAAGCUUUGAGGAGAUUGAUCGAGACAGUAAGAUUCAAAAUGUAUGGUGUCCUAUUUUGGGAAAAAUCACGAAAGACUUCGCAAAUACGUGCCCGAUGGCGAAGAGCCAGCAAUGUCCUUAUACGAUGGUGAGAACGAAAAGUCUGAACCAAGGUGACAUGGCGGGCACGUUGUUCAGUUGCAUGGGUUUGGCAGUGCUUUAUCCGGAGCAGUUCGGAAUAUAUGCUAGCGACGAAGAUCUGGAGGCUUUUUGCCAUCUCUGGCGUAGUUUGGGCUACCUGCUGGGCAUACAAGAUCAGUAUAACUUCUGUCGCGGUAAUUUACAGGAAAUACGCCAACGGAGUAAAGAUUUUAUUGAGUACUGGGUAAAACCGAAUUUCCGCGAGGUGGGACCAGAGUGGGAGCACAUGGUCAUGUGUGUUUUUGAAGGCUUAGUUUAUAUAGAUCUUCCAUCCAACUACAAAGUGUUUAUACUUUAUCUUUGUGACAUACUUGAACUCAAUAUGCCUCGCCUGUACAGUUCUUUCAGUCUAUUGGAGAAAAUAUUUUAUGCGCUGCAGAAAUUUAUGUUCUCUUACAUGAUGAAACUACCUGGUGUCAAUUUUAUCAUAAAUAAGAUGACAAACGCAUAUAUAAAUCGGGCAGCUACCUUUAAAAGCAUCAAACAUGCCAAACUUAAGAAAAAGUCAUCUAAAAUAUUCGAAGAGUUUAUACCGCUUAAAUUCGACAAUAGAACCUUGUAA